AUGAAUCUUAUUGACUUAUUAAAAGUUAUUACUGAAAUUGAUUUUUUUAAAGAUUUUGAUACCGCUGCUAUCCAAUUGUUCUCACUGAAACGCUUCUAUUUCCGUAACGUACCACUUGGCUGUUUAACAAGAGAAUUGGCUAUGAGAAUGAUUUUAGAAGAUCUUGCGAAAGAUGUUAAUUGCACUCUUAUUAGUAGUCCUAGAAAAAUAAGAAGUAGCUUAGAAAUGAAGACAAGUACACUAAAAAACGAACGAUUAUCAGCCAUAAGAAAUUCACAAUCUCCAAUUAGCUACGUUAAUUCAAAAGAAAUAAAUUCAACUUCAUUAAAAAUCAUAACACAUGAAAUUAUUAAUGAAGUGGUAGAUAAUUAG